UGAAAAAUGUGAGUGGCAAGCGAGGAAGUUGCAUAGUGCAGGCACAGACACAAACCGGUUGAACCUUGGACCCUAAGUGGAGCACAAUUUCUCACAAUUCAUUCUCUUUGUUGCGGAGAUUUUCCAAUUCAACACUUCUCAUCUCAAGAUUAAAAACACAAGGCGGCCAACUAUCAUCCACUAACUGCUAACGUAUAAUAUUCACAAACACGGAUAAAAAUUGAUGAUCAAGAAUUCCAGAACUUCCUUCCUGUAAUCUGUUGAUUAGGAGUGCCAUUGAUUAGGAAUGCAACCUUCACGUACUAGGGAUAAUUUUGAUCAAGCAUGGGCUAGGUUUAUAAUCCCUAUUUGUAAGCAUGGACUUCUAGCAAACUGUAGUUUGAUUAACCAAUUUCCAUAUUGGUUGGGGAAGCCUUGAGUUAAUAUUUACCUUUUUCUACCAUUGGUGUUUCUAAUGGAUGAUGCUGGGCAUCGUGAAAAUGGAAGGCAUAAAGCAGAUCAAUAUAAAACUGCUCAGGGACAGUGGUUGAUGCAACAUCAGCCUUCCAUGAAGCAAAUUAUGGCAAUUAUGGCUGAAAGAGAUGCGGCUAUUCAAGAAAGAAAUCUGGCCCUUUCUGAGAAAAAGACAGCACUUGCAGAGCGUGACAUGGCAUUCCUGCAGCGAGAUACUGCAAUUGCAGAGCGAAAUAAUGCAAUUAUGGAACGAGAUAAUGCGAUUGCAGCUCUUCAGUAUCGAGAAAACACGUUAACUAGUGGUAGUAUGUCAUCGUGUCCUCCAGGAUGCCAAAUUUCACGUGGUGUCAAGCAUAUUCAUCAUCCUCAGCAACAGGUACACCAUUUACCUAACAUGGUUGAUGCUUCUUACAGCACACGGGAAAGGCACCCAGCAGAUGCCCUUCCAUCCGCACCCAUCCCUUCAGAAGUUGGGAAAUCACGGCGGGCCAAACGACCAAAGGAAGCUAAGUCGAUUUCACCUAAUAAAAAGACUUCGAAAGCAGCAAAAAAAGUCAAGAGGGAGAAUGAAGACUUGAAUAAGAUGAUGUUUGGCGAGGCACAUGAGUGGAAGAGUGGUCAGGAAAUGGUCAACGGAGGUGAUGAUCUUAACAAGCAGUUAGUGGUGUCGAAGGCGGAUUGGAAAGGUCAGGACUUGGGGUUGAACCAAGUGGCAUAUGAUGAGUCAACCAUGCCAGCGCCAGUAUGCUCUUGUACUGGUGUACUGAGGCAGUGCUACAAAUGGGGGAAUGGGGGUUGGCAGUCUGCCUGUUGCACAACAACGCUGUCAAUGUAUCCACUUCCAGCAGUGCCCAACAAGAGGCAUGCUCGGGUAGGUGGUCGAAAGAUGAGUGGGAGUGCUUUCAAUAAACUGCUUAGUCGGCUUGCAGCCGAAGGUCAUGAUCUGUCAAACCCCGUUGACCUCAAGGACCAUUGGGCCAAACAUGGUACAAAUCGGUACAUCACAAUAAAGUAAAUUGUGAGAAAUUUUUGUCUCUGGGGCAGCGAUACAUAAAUAGAAACAGCUUUUAGUGAUCAAUUGUGGAUUCUCAAACCGAACAACUAGGAAAAUAAGGUAACUGUAAAGGUCUUCAGGGAAAGCUAAUGAUUAGGUUAUGCCCUUAUUACCUAUAAUUAGGGUGCAUAAUCCUGCAUAAUGUUGGCUAUAUUAGUGAUUGAUGAAAUGACACUAUAAUCAUCCUUGCCAAUUGUACCUCAUUUAAUCUGCUGAAAUGGUCUGGUGUCACCAAUGGCUUGUAAAAAGGUUGCAUGAUGGAUAAGUAGUGAGUCCUUAAGCCCGAAUAACUGUAGAGACUCGUGUCCUUAGUCUUCUUGAAACCCUAUCUAUGAGUUAAUAUGUAGAAUUGUGUAUGAAUGUAUCUAUCAGAUAUGUAUGUUAUUUUCCAUCUACCUUGGAACCCUCUAUCUAUGAGGUAAGUUUUUAUGGGU